AAAAGACUUCCGGAAGGAGAUGUUUAACCAAUCAGCUAAUUUAUACAAAUGGCCAAUAGUUUUGGGUUUCCCUUUCCCCUAAAACGGAAUACCCAAUCGGAAGUCAUUUUUCGAGUUCGUCAGGUAUAAUGAGAUAUCCCUACCACCGAAAAUAGGGGUGGUCAAGAUGGUCGGCCAUAGUUAUAAAUUAGACGACUCUCAAAAUUUGUCAUUCGAGUGUUCACUUGUCGUAGAAGAAAGUGCAAAUCGCAGUCAUGUUAAACUUAUUUUUAAAAUCUGAUUUCUACAUCAUUUUUACAUCUUCAUCUACUAAGAUGAAAGGGGAGUAAGAGAUCAUGAAGGACAACAUUGGAGACAUCGAUCUAGAGCUCUUAGCAGCUUUCGACGAUGUCCCAAUGUUGUCACAAUUAGAGAACAUGAUCUUAGAAGCGGGUUACAUUAACAUCGAUCUCUUUGAUCAUAUCUCAAUUGCGACACUUGGGACAAACAGUCGAAAUGAAGCUAGCAGCUCUCAACAAACUUAUAUACGGGAACCAGGAACUGAGGACGGAACAGGGGAUAAUACGCAAACUCCAGAGGACCAACACAAUUUCUUAGUACCGAAAAUAUUUAAAUGCAUAUAUUGCAACAAACAGUUUUACAACAAAAAAGCAUGCCGCAAACAUCACGUGAAGCAUGUGAAGCAACUACUCCAGUGCCAAUGCUGUGGAAGACGAUGCUUCAACGUUAGCGAUCUUCGAAGGCAUUACAAAUAUUACCAUUUCUACGAUCCUCGAGAAGUUAUAAUGGAUCAUCGUUGAAAAUUAUUCAGUUACCAGUUAACAGUUACCAGUUAACAGUUACCAAUUACAAAUUUUCAAGUUUCAAAAUUCUUGUUGAAAAAAAUAGUCCUACUGAGAGUUUGCAAUCAGAAUGAAAAUGUAAUCAGUGAUAUUUGGCAAUAUAAAUUUUUUUUUUUUUUUUUUUUUUUUUUUUUUUGAUAAUUUUGAUUAUA